UGUUUUGUAAGGGAACGCGUUUCUUUUGGGGGCUGUGAGUUUGGAGCCACAGCAUAGAACUUCUUUGACAGGUUGGAACCGCGCCUUUCGUGGGUGCCAUUGUUUAAUGGACAAGAGAUUUGUCGUCACAGAUGCCGCAUGGCUACCUGGCUUGAGGAGGACAGUAAGCUGAGCGUCGAUGGCGGGCCAAGACGGCGCCGACGUGACCUUCGAGGCCUUGCAGCUGGUGGCACUGGCGACGGAGCUGAUGCCCUUCGGAGUGCCAUCGCCCAGGGUGGCACAGCGCGACAGCGCCGCGACAGCGCCGGCAUGGUCCACACACGAGGACAAGACGUAGACUCCACCGCCGUGGGGAGUACUCUGGUCACUGCUGCCAAGCUGCGGGACUGCGCGCGGGCGAAGCGGCUGCAGGGUGCCAAAAACCUGACCACUGCGGGUGGCAAUGCAGAACACCAAGGGGUGCUGAAGGCUUGGAGCCAGUCUCAAGUAGAGGAGCUGAUCCAGAAGCUUCUGCAGCAGAAGGUGCUGCGGGAGGAGAAGGAGUCGGCGGGAGGGAAAGGCAAAGGCGGCAAAGGGAAGUGGAAGGCGGUGAAACGCCUCAGAGAGGGUGUGAACUUUGAGAAGUUCCGCAAUGGGGACAUCGUCAUGCCGCGAGCUGAGAG